UCGGUAUAUAAUUUUCUCAUUUUAGACUGAACAAGAGUGUGUACGUAGUUUGAUUAUAAAAUACGACGGGGCUUCCCCUACAAUGAAGAAAUCAAAACAAAGUUCCGCUUUUAACGAUAUAGAACAAUUAUUGGAAAGUGAUGAUGAUUUGCCAAGUGACUAUAAGGAAAUUGCUGAUAUUCCUGCGUACAAAGAUGACAACAGAUUUGAAAUAAUCACAUUUCCUUGGAUCACAAACCGUAAUUUAAAUAAAGCAAGAACAAGCAUCUCAUGUCAAGAAGACAACAUUAUUGAAGAUGUACUGAAAAGUAAACUUGAACAUUUAGGAAGAGGUGAAAAAAUUUUGCUCAAAAAAGGUGUUCUGAAUAAUAAGGAUUUAGUUUGUCUGAAAUCUAUCAAAGAAUUUGGUGAUGCAGCUUGUACAUUUGAUUCACUCAUAACUCUUUAUUGGUUCACUGAGUUCUUGGUGCGGCAAGAUCUGCAAGCGGACUACAAAUUUCUUAGAAGUUGUCUUGUCAAGGAUUUAACAUGUGAACUUCCACACAAAAAUGAUUGUAUUCCUGAUUCUGAUGAUAAUUUAUAUAAAUUAGAUAUUUUAAUCAAGUAAGCAUAGCUAUGGAUU